AUGCCUCUGUCUCGCUCAGCACGCAUAAAGCUUUUGCUUGUUAUAGAUGUGUUCUUCUUCUUUGUCGAGAUCAUCACAGGUUAUGCAGUCGGAUCUCUUGCCCUCGUCGCUGAUAGUUUCCAUAUGCUCAACGAUGUAAUGAGCUUGAUAGUCGCGCUUUAUGCGAUAAAGCUUACACAACAGACUACAAACUCAUCUCGCUACUCCUACGGAUGGCACAGAGCCGAAAUCCUUGCAGCCCUCGUUAACGGCGUAUUUCUUCUCGCUCUUUGUUUCUCCAUUUUCAUGGAGGCUAUCCAGCGUUUCUUCGUAACCCCAGAGAUCUCAAAUCCCCGUCUGGUGGUGUUUGUCGGAUCACUUGGUCUGGCGUCAAACAUUGUCGGGUUGUUCCUCUUCCACGAACACGAUCACUCGCAUGAUCAUCAAAAGACGAGCCGGGCACCAUCUCCACAUCCGACGUCCACUCCAUCUCCAUCUGCCGCACACGGUUCGACAUCCCCGCCCCAAAUUGCGCGCAAUGGUUCCAAUGGAAGACCCCGUGCUGAUUCCUACUCAUCUCUUUAUGGUCACCCCGCGGCCACCCGUGCGUCGCUUGUACAAGCUGCACAAGAUCUUACUUCUGGUCGACCAUCCUCUCCCACCCGUCGGGGCCGUGGCGAUUCCGUUCAUCAGCGGAUUAUAGAAGAAACGUCGUCCGGUGAUGUCAUCGGCACAAAAGGUCCGGAUGAAGACACUCCUCUCUUGAGCGGUGAGAUCAUCGAGAACGAAAACAAUGGCGCUUCUGUAGGAAGUGGCACUCCAGUCAGCGUCAGGAACCACGGACACCAGCAUUCUGGGUCAAUGAAUAUGCGCGCGCUUGUUCUCCACGUACUGGGCGAUGCAUUAGGCAAUGUCGGCGUCAUUGCGACAGGUUUGAUCAUCUGGUACACAACGUGGAGCUUCAAGUACUACUUUGAUCCACUUAUCAGUCUGGUGAUCACUGUUAUCAUAUUCUCUUCUGCGAUGCCAUUAGUUCGCAGUACAUCGACAAUUCUUUUGCAGGGUGUACCUCAUACCAUCUCCCUCGAAGAUGUUCGAGAAUCUAUUUUAAAUGUGGAAGGUGUACUUUCUGUCCACGAGUUACAUAUUUGGCAACUCUCAGAGUCUAAAAUUGUCGGAUCCGUGCACGUAAUGGCUUCUCGAAACCACGAUUUCAUGCCAGUAGCGGCAGAAAUACGUAAAGCCCUUCAUUACCACGGAAUUCACUCGACAACCAUCCAACCGGAGUAUCAUCCUAGAAGCCCAAGCAUUAUUCCUGAGGCGCAUUUGAGGUCAUCUACCGAUUCUUCUUGUCUCAUUCUUUGUCCUCCGGAUCAAAAUUGCGACCCUCUCGAAAAUUCGUGUUGUCCUCCUCCACCACCUGAGGCUUAAAAACUAUCCACCAUCAUUUAAUUUUGACCGUUGACCUUAUCGUAUCCAUAAACUUCUUGCAUUAUGUACUGUUUGAACAGGAAUUGUAAUUCAUUAUUCAUGCCUACCUGCAAUCCGGUGGGAUUGUCUUGAGCGGUGGUGGCACAAUCGAUCGCUGUGUCAGUAGUUGGCCACUGAUACCUAUUUUGCGCUCUGAUACCAUGAUUGUAAGAUAGAAUAUAUUUGUGAUAUGAAUAGCAUA